UCGAGGUUGCGGGAAAGAGGAGAUUUGGAAGCACGGGAGGGGGGCCUCUCUCUCCCGCUCUUGUACCCUCUCCCUGCCCCCCAGCUCAGCAUGCCCCAGCCCCUGAGCACCUCCACAGCUCCUCCAGCUCCACUACCAUGUGUAGAUGGACAGUGACACAAGGUGCACCGGUCGCCUGGCUCUCCUCCCGCCCCCGACACCGCCGCCACGCAACCCCGCCGCACCUCCUCGCCGCCCUCGUCUUCAUCCUCUUGCUCCUCCUGCUCGGACCGUCCUCGUCCUCGCCCCUGUCUUCUCCGGCGCCGCCGAGUUUGAACGAAAGCCAUCAUGCCGGAGGAGGGAGCCCACCUCGCCCCUUCGUCUCGCGGGAAUCAUCGGCGUCAUCGUCCUCGCCGGCGCCUCUGCACGCCUCCUCCGCCAGGUUGCCACGGGCGACCAACCUAUCAUCGCCGUCUCCCGCCGCCGUGGUGGGGCGCCACGUGCGCAGCAGCUACAACCACCUGCAGGGAGACGUGCGGCGACGGAAACUGUUCUCCUACCAGAAGUUUUUCCUCCGCAUUGACAAGAAAGGGAAAGUCAACGGCACCAAAAGUGAGGACGACCCUUACAGUAUUCUGGAGAUCAAGUCGGUGGACGUGGGAGUUGUGGCCAUCAGGGGCCUCAGCAGUAACUAUUAUCUGGCCAUCAGCAAGAAGGGAGAGCUGUACGGCGCGAGGGACUUUGGGCCGGACUGUCGCCUGAUCGAGCGCAUCGAAGAGAACAAGUACAACACGUACGCAUCGGCGGAGUGGCGCAACAAGAGAAAGCACAUGUUUGUGGGACUCAACGCCAACGGCAAAGCCGUGAGGGGCAAGAAGACCAGGAGGAAAAACACAACCACUCACUUCUUGCCCAUUGUGGUGCAUCCCCGGUGACGAGACAGUCAGAGGAAAAUUCAAUCUGCAGACUGCUGGCUGAGCAUCUGGGGACGGACUUUGUUUGGAAAGAGACCGAAAGGCGACUUGGCAUCCGCAGGAGCAACAAGGGGAGGAAACCUAAAAGACAUUUCGCAUCUGUCGGAUGAGGACAUUUCUAUUUUUUAAAGAAAGAUAUAUUGCUAUACAAUGUAUAUAAUAUUUUGGGGGUCUAACUUAUAAAAGCACGCUGGCACCGUAGGAAAUAUGGGAAUAAUAAUAAUAAAAAAAAAGUGUGAUCAGCAACUUGAUGGA